AUGAAGCCCAUCAUCCUAUACACACAUCAACUAGGUACCAAUCCCUGGAAAUGCGCCAUUAUCCUCGAAGAGCUCAAACUCCCAUAUGAGAACCGAUUUGUUGAACCGGGGAAUGUAAAGAAGUUUCCAUAUACAGAUCUUAACCCUAAUGGACGAGUGCCCUGCAUCGAGGACCCCAAUACGGGCAUGGUACUCUGGGAAUCAGCGGCUAUCAAUGAAUAUCUCGUCCAGACAUAUGAUUCUUCAGGAACGCUUUGGUGUCCACAAGGACCAGAUCAUUUUAUUAUGAAGCAAUGGCUAUAUUUCCAGAUGUCAGGUCAAGGACCAUAUUAUGGGCAAGCCGGCUGGUUUGUCUUCAGACACCAUGAAUACCUCCCAUCUGCAAUCAACCGUUAUCGACAAGAGAUUAGGCGUGUUAUUGGGGUCCUAGAUACGGCCCUUGCCAACAAGGAGUAUCUCGUUGGUAAUAAAUGCACAAUUGCAGAUCUAGCUUUCGUGACGUGGGAUGAAAUGGUCCCUGAUAUAUGUGAGGGUGAGUCUUUUAUGGAGACAUUACAUGAAGACUGUACCAACUGGAUUGCUUGGCGGAAACGUCUUCUUGCUCGUCCAGCUGUGCAGCGAGCUUUGCGAGCUAAAGCGAAGUCAUUGGAGGAAGUAGGGCCAAGCAUAAUACCUAGGAAUUGGGAACAUGAGAAAAAGGCAAAUACUACCACAACGAUGUAGAUAUGAGGAUGAAACAUGGCAUAUAAGUUAUAUGUGGGUAGAUAUGAUCUACAAGUGGCAGAUCCAAAUGCUUCUGACGCUUGAUUCUCAUUAGUCUGAACCC